GGGAACGCAGAGGUUCCCUGAGAGAAGCCAAGCCAAAGAAAAAGGAGACAGAGUGUGUGUGUAAAGAGAAAGGAGAGAAAAAAAGAGAGAGAAGUGACUGAGGCCAGCCGCUGCUUCCCCCUCCCGGCGGCGCCAUGUCCACUGUGGUGGCCCAGGCCCAGCACAUCUUCGGGCUCUGCGCCCGCGUCGCCAAUAACCUCUGCUUCUUCGACGAGCAGAUCAUCAUCUUCCCGUGUGGGAACCACUGCGUGAAGUACAAUGUGGACCAGAAGUGGCAGAAGUUCAUCCCAGGCUCAGAGAAGAGUCAGGGAAUGCUUGCCUUGGCCAUCAGCCCCAACCGGCGCUACCUGGCCAUUUCAGAGACCGUGCAAGACCGAGCCGCAAUCACCAUCUACGAGCUGUCCUCAGUGCCUUGCAGGAAGCGGAAAGUCCUCAGCAACUUUGACUUUGUGGUUCAGAAAUUCGUGAGCUUAGCCUUCUCUCCAGACUCCAAGUAUCUUGUGGCCCAGACAGGAGCCCCCGAGUCCAACCUCAUCUACUGGAUGUGGGAGAAGCAGAAAGUGAUGGCGAUUGUUAGGACUGACACUCAGAACAACCCGAUCUACCAGGUGAGCUUCAAUCCCCAAGAUAACACUCAGAUUUGUGUCACUGGAAAUGGAAUCUUUAAGCUUUUCCGCUAUGCUGAAGGGGCAUUGAAACAGACCAAUUUCCAGCGGGGAGAGCCCCAGAACUACCUGGCCCAUGCCUGGAUCUCCGAAGACCGGAUUAUUGUGGGCACCGACAUGGGCAAGCUCUUCCUGUUUGAGUCUGGAGAUCAGCGCUGGGAGACAAGCAUCGUGUGUAAGGAAGCGAUCAGCGAGACCAAGCAGUUGGAGGUGAUGCAGGAGUCCGAGAGCCUCAUUGAAUUCCCAGCACCGAGCUCUCCUGACAUGUCCAGUGAGCAGCUCUUUGUGGAGAAGAGUGAGAGCCAGAAUUUGAUGCCAAAGGUGUCUGCGAUUGCUGCCUACUCAAAGGGCUUUGCAUGUUCUGCGGGGCUGGGCAGAGUCCUGCUCUAUGAGAAGAUGGAGGAGAAAGACGCCUACCGGGAGAGCCGGGAGAUCCGGAUUCCCCUGGACCAGCACAGCAAUGACCCGAGCCAGUCCGACAAGCAGGAGAUCCUCUGUAUGUGCUUCAGCCCUUCUGAGGAGACGCUGAUUGUCAGCACCAACAAAAACCAGCUCUACAGCAUCACCAUGUCCCUGACGGAGAUCAGCAAGGGGGAGCCUGCCCAAUUUGAAUUCCUCAUGUAUCCGCUGCACUCUGCGCCCAUCACGGGUCUGGCUGCUUGUAUCCGCAAGCCCCUCAUUGCUACGUGUUCCCUGGACCGAUCAGUGCGCAUCUGGAACUAUGAGACCAAUAACCUGGAGCUGUACAAGGAAUACCAGGAGGAGGCCUACACGGUCUCCCUUCACCCCUCUGGACACUUCACUGUGGUCGGCUUCGCAGACAAACUGCGCAUCAUGAAUCUGCUUAUCAAUGACAUCCGGUCAUUCAAGGAGUUCCCCAUCCGAGGCUGCCGGGAGUGCGCCUUCAGUAAUGGAGGUCACCUGUUUGCUGCCGUCAAUGGGAACGUGAUCCAUAUCUACACCUCCACCAGCCUGGAGAACAUUGCUAACCUGAAGGGACACACAGGCAAGAUCCGGUCAAUUGCAUGGAAUUUGGAUGACAGCAAGCUAAUUUCUUGCGGCACAGACGGUGCCGUGUACGAGUGGAACCUGUCCUCGGGGAAGAGGGAGACCGAAUGCGUGCUCAAAUCCUGCAGCUACAACUGUGUGGGCAUCUCCCCUGACUCCAAAAUCAUCUUUGCUGUUGGAUCUGACCAGACGCUCAAGGAGAUUGCAGACUCUUCGGUGCUUCGGGAAGUGUCUGCCUUUGAUGUCAUCUAUACGGCGGUGGUCAUCUCCCACUCAGGGCGCAUGGUGUUCGUAGGCACUUCGAUGGGCACCAUCCGAUCUAUGAAGUACCCCCUGCCCUUGCACAAGGAAUUCAAUGAGUACCAGGCGCACGCUGGGCCUGUCACCAAGAUGACCAUCACGUUCGAUGACCAGUUCCUGCUGACCAGCGCCGAGGACGGUUGCCUCAUCACCUGGAAGGUCUAUGAUAAGGACGGCCGGGGUGUCAAGAGGGAGCGGGAAGUGGGCUUUGCUGAGGAGGUGCUGGUCACUAAGACAGACAUGGAAGAGAAGGCCCAGAUCAUGCUGGAGCUGAAGACUCGAGUGGAGGAGCUAAAGAUGGAGAAUGAAUACCAGCUCCGACUAAAGGACAUGAAUUACACAGAGAAGAUCAAGGAGCUGACCGACAAGUUCAUCCAGGAGAUGGAAUCUCUGAAGACAAAGAACCAGGUGCUGAGAACAGAAAAAGAGAAGCAAGAGGUGACCCACAAUAACUACGUAGAGGACCUCUUGGAGAAGCAGAGCCGAGAACUACAGGACAUUGAGUGUUGUAACAACCAGAAGCUGCUGCUAGAAUAUGAGAAAUACCAGGAGCUGCAGCUCAAGUCCCAGCGGAUGCAAGAGGAAUAUGAGAAGCAGCUCCGAGACAACGAGGAGACCAAGAGCCAGGCCCUGGAGGAGCUGACAGAGUACUACGAGGCCAAGCUCCAUGAGAAAGCCAGCCUGCUGGAAGAGGCGCAGGAUGACGCUCGGCAGCAGCUGCGAGAGUUUGAAGAGACCAAGAAGCAGAUUGAAGAAGAUGAAGACCGCGAAAUCCAGGACAUCAAAACCAAGUAUGAGAAAAAGCUCCGCGACGAGAAGGAAGCCAACCUAAGGCUCAAGGGGGAGACCGGCAUCAUGCGGAAGAAGUUCAGCAGCCUGCAGAAGGAGAUCGAGGAGCGGAGCACGGACAUCGAGGCCCUAAAGGGGGAGCAGGUGAAACUGCAAGGGGUCAUCAAGGCCCUGGAGAAAGAUAUUCAAGGCCUGAAGCGGGAGAUCCAGGAGAGAGAUGAGACCAUCCAGGACAAGGAGAGGAGAAUCUAUGACCUGAAGAAGAAGAACCAGGAGCUGGAGAAGUUCAAGUUCGUGCUGGACUACAAGAUCAAGGAGCUGAAGAAGCAAAUUGAGCCCCGGGAGAAUGAGAUCAAGGCCAUGAAGGAGCAGAUCCAGGAGAUGGAGGCGGAGCUGGAGCGCUUCCAUAAACAGAACACACAACUGGAACUGAACAUCACGGAGCUGUGGCAGAAGCUCCGAGCCACAGACCAGGAGAUGCGCCGGGAGCGGCAGAAGGUGCUGCACGUGCCCCGGGGAGACCCGUCUGCACUGACAUCUGGGCUUCUCAGCCCGGGCCGAUGCUGCUUGGCCCCAGAGCGGGACAUGGAGGCCCUAGUCAAGCGGUUUAAGAUCGAUCUUCACAACUGUGUGGGCUACAUCCAGGAGCCCCGGCAACUGAAGGAGAAGAUCCGCGCUCUCUUUGACAAGUACGUCCAGCAGGCCGACAUGGUGGAGAUCGUGGGCGUGGACACGGACCUGCAGCAGGAGUACGUUCGGCAGAGGGAACACCUGGAGAGGAAUCUGGCCACCCUCAAGAAGAAGGUGCUCAAGGAGAACGAGCUGCACCGGUCAGACAACGUGCGCAUCAUGCAGGAAAAUGUGAGCUUGAUCAAAGAGAUUAACGAGCUUCGAAGGGAGCUGAAGAUCACACGCACACAGGUGCAUGACCUUGAGUCGGCUUUGAGGCUGACCAAGAAACUUCGGCACUCGGAUGUGUCUGAAGCAGCACCCACCCUGGAGAAGCCCACUACUGUUGGGAUUGUGAGACUGAACGAGGAAGAAGAAACAGAGCGGAUCAUAGAGAUGCAGCGAUUAGAGAUCCGGCGCCUGCGAGACCACAUCCAAGAACAGGAGCAGAUUCCAGGGCUGCACCCCCCAGGGAGGCUCCCUUCCUUGGAGUCUGACAGGGCCCUUGAGAACACAAGCAACUGAGCCUCCUGCCCAGGAGGCAAUAGCCAAGCUGGCCUACAGGAGGCCUGGCAGAGGGAGGCCUAUGUCCUCUCUGUCCCCUGCUGGACACAAGCCCUGCUCUGGCCCUGCCCUGUUUCCUGGGCCCUGGGGAAAAGGCAGAGGAAGAAUAAAGAAAGGUGGUGGCCCUCCUGCCGUUUCAGUUAUUGGGCAGGGGGCCUGGGGGCUGUCACUCCCCUUGGGCCCUACCCACCCUCCUUGUCCCCUGCACAGAUGGCCACCGUCUGCCGUCCUACUUCCCCUGAUGGUU